AUGCGAACUCCAUCGGACAGAAAAGGUUGGGAGACCUUGCUAGAAAGUCCCGAGCCGCCCGAUCAGCAAAAGUAUGCCAAGGAGUACGAUUAUCAACGAAGUUUGGUAGGUAUAAAACCAAAAAUUCGAGAAGAAGAAGAACUUUUCAUGAAUCAUUUUUGUUUUUCAAUGGAAGUACGUCAUUGGGAAGACUAUUGAACAAUGUAAAAAAAUGUAAAUAAAUUUUUUUAGGUAAAAAAAUUUUUGAAUAAAAGGUUCAAAGUUCCGAUGCAAAUCGAAAAAUGCGCUUGUUUUUUUCUUCCGCAUUUUUUUCUCUGGAAAAAAAUAAUCCUGUUUUGUUUUUUUCCUGUUUAAUCUUCUCAAAUUUUUCUGCACACUGUGACGUUGUCACGGUCGUUCUUUGUGAACUAUAUAGAGUCUAAAUUUACCAUUUGCUCUCAAAAAACUCCAAAAAAAAUCGUUAAGGAAACUUUGAAAAACAGCGUUUUUUCCAACAUUUAUGACCCCAUUACACCGUUUUUCUGUGUCUUUUUCCCGUGGGUCGUCAUAUUUUUUUUUUUUUUGAUUUUCAACUGAUCAAACUUGUCACAGACCUUUGUACUCAAUUGAUAAGUUCUUGCUUGUUUUUCUGUUUUUCAAUUUAAUUCCCUUUUUCUCUGGUUUUUUAUUUCGCUGUUGGAGUCUUGAUUCGUUAGAUUUUUUGUUCAAUGGUUUCAAAAUAUUGAUUCAUACUUUUGAAACUUGUUAUUGAUAUGACUUUGCUUUUGAAUUUUUAUUAAGAUUUUUUGGCCAUCGAAGCUUUUUAGUUUAGACAUUUUUUCUUCAAUUUUUCCAAUUUUUAAAGGGGUGGUCGCACUUGAAACGUCUCUCGUGGCUAUUCAUAGCUUUCAUCGCAAGUCGUUUUCGGUCGGGUGUAGCUUAAGACAGCUUUUUCACGCCCUGAUCCGAUUCUAAUGCAUCCAAGACUAUACUGGUUGAGACUGAUCAAUUUUUAAUAAAUUCUAGAAAAUUAUUGUCCAAUUUAAGCUAUUCUCCUCAUUUUUUUUUUUCAUUUUUUGUUCUUUUUAAGCAGCUUGGCCGCUAUAAAACAAUCGGUCCUGGCGUGAAAGACGAAGGAAUGCGUCUUGGAGCGUGUUUAGCUCGGGCUGGAGCUCAUGCUGGCUUGGAAAAGGUAGAAAAAUCCAUCGAAAAACUUUUAAAAACGGGUUUUUUAGACGAAUUCCGAUGGUUUGGAUGUCCCAUUGACCUUACCUGCAAGGGAGAGGAGUUCAAGAUGGUUUUGCUGUUCAUUUAGUAAAGUUUCAGUCUUUUUUAUCGCAAAAUAAUUGAAAAACUAUUAGAAAACUUAAUUUUCUCUAUCAAAGGCUUAUCACUUUUAAAGUUAAUUUAGGAUUUUUCGAAAUAUCGGAUUUUUUACCUUCAAAAACGCUACAGAAGGGGUCAGGGACUCAUAAUGAUAUCAAAAAUUUGUUUCAUUUUCUUAAAAAAUCGAUUUUUCCAGCAGGAAAUGUUUAAUGUAGAGCUUAGGAACUUCAGAGUGGUCCCUAUAGGGGCAGGCUUAGGGGUCUUUGGGGGGUACCCUCUAGGGACCACUUUAUCAAUCCCUAAAGGGGCCAUUAAAGCUUGCAAAAGUCGUCACUAUAGGGAACAUGCUAAUUGAUAAUUUCUAUGAACUCUAAGCGAAGAAGCAUUUCCAUGGAGAAACUGAAAAAAAACCGUUUUUAAAGGAAAUUGAAAGGCCCCUAUAGGGUUCACUUGAGCUUUCGGGCUGGGGGUCAGACGACCUUGGUUUUACUCCUAUAGGGACCACUUUUUUGGCCCCUCUAGGGGCUGUUUUUCUUCCCAACCCAGGGACCACUCAAAAAUUCCUAAGAAAAGCUGAAAGACCCCUAUAGGGCUCACUUGAGCUUUACGGGCAAGGAGAUCCGACACUAGACUCCUAUAGGGAGCACCUUGAUUUUACCCCUAUAGGGACCACUUUUUCGGCUCGUACAUGGGCUGUUUCUCCCCGAACCCCUAUAGGGAUCACUCAAAAAUUCCUUAGAAACUGUCAGACCCCUAAUUUUUCCCUGCACCUUCUUGAAAAUGUCACUUUUUCCAGAAAACCUCAAAGUGAGAUUCCACGCAGUGGUCCAAGAUUGGCUAUUCCUCGCCCUCCUCGGCGUUAUCAUGUCAAUUUUGUCAUUUGUCAUGGAUUACGCGAUAGUUUCCCUACAGAAUGGUGGGUCUUGUGUGGAAAAUUUGGGACACUGUAUUGAUAUCCAGGUCAAAUGAGGUUAUACUACCUGGUGACUCCAAAUUUGCCCUUAUCGGCUUUGGUUUGGAUCGGGUACGUCGUGAUUUUGACGAUGGGAUCGGCUCUUUUUGCUCAUUAUAUGGCGCCUCAGGCCAUUGGUUGGUUUUUCUUGGCGAAUUCAUUACAUUUCAUUCCCCUUGUAGGGGAACCACAGUGUUUCGAAACGGGCGAGCGCAGGCGAAAAAAAUGGUCGUCAAAAAUUGGCGAAACCGCGAGUUCCUUCUAACGCAACGCGGUGCGGCGCGUGUCAACCUCUCAGAAUUUCAUUCAAUUUUUUCUCUUUUUCUCGCGUAUUUUUUCAGAUUUUCGUAUCGUUCCACUUUCUUUUGUGUAAUAUAACCGUAUUGGAUGCGUUUGAGAGGUACUUAAGUUAAUUUUUGAUCGAGAUGGUCCCGAAAUUUCGACUAAAAUGACAUUUUGAAGAGUAACUUUUUCUGCAGAGGCUACUUGGUUCAUUUUUUGUUUUAAAAUGCUCAGAAUGAGUUCCUUAAGAUAAACGUCUAGAGCUUUAUUUUUUCAAGAGAACCGUCAUGGGUUUUUUCCUUCAAAACAUCACGACGAAUUUUCCUGAAAAAUGGCAUUUCGUGUGAUAAAUCUUUUGGUAAAAGCGAUUCCGUUCAUAUUUCCUUUUCAAUAAGUUCAUUGUACGUUGGAAUAUAUUCAAGCUAUUCUAAAAGUUCAAGGAGGCCUUGAAAAACAUUAUUUAACGCUAUGUUUCCACCCAGUAAAUGCACAAAAAAUCGGCUCUCACUGUCGCGCCACUAUUGCAAUAAGCCGCGCCCCCAUUGCAUACGGCCACUCCCAAUGACCACAUCUGCCGCCUGUUUGGGAACACUGUGGGAACUUUCGAAAUCUUAAAAGUUGUAGGUUCUGGAAUCCCCGAAAUGAAGACGAUACUACGUGGAGUCAUCCUCAAAGAGUAUUUAUCCCUGAGAACUUUGAUAUCGAAAAUGGUUGGCCUGACUUUAUCCCUUGGAAGUGGGCUCCCGAUGGGCAAGGAGGUAAUUUUUUGGAGAGAAUGGAAAAUUAGUUGUUCUCUCACUAUUUGGAACAAAAAAGGAGAACUAAAACUUUCUAGAUACUGAUUUUGAAACAGUUCAAAAGUCACAUACAUGUGUUCCUCAACUAAUUUCGAAACUAUCCUCUGAUUUUACUUUUAGGGACCCUUUGUUCACAUUGCCUCUGCCGUAGCUUCCCAACUGAGUCGACUGGUUCACGGCUCAAGGGCGGUUUUUGAGAACGAGUCUCGAAGCGAAGAAAUGUUGUCAGCCGGCUGUGCUGUCGGCGUUGCUUGCACUUUUAGUGCUCCUAUUGGAGGUGAGGGAUGAAAAAAAAAAUUAACCAUUUAUGAGUAUUUACAUAGAUCUAACAGAAUAGCGAAAGGACAAUGAAAAAUAAAGUUAGUUUUAAAAAAACGUGAAUGAGAAAAUGAACUUGUUUAAUCUAUAGGGUUUCGACGUUUUAGUGGCCACUAUAGUAGUCAAGUUUGUGACCACUUAAGCGGUUAAAAAUUGGUGGUCACUAUAGAGGUCUUAGUGCUGCUACCAGACCACUAAAGUUUUUAGUGGCCACUUUAUGGGUCAACAGAUCAUCAUAACUGGUCCAAUCUGUUUGUUUUAAAAUUAUCAGAGUUACUGGAAGGAAUACUGUAUGAAAAACUACUGAAGUGGCCACUAUAGUGUCCUCUCCAAGUAGUCCUUGGAGAGCCUCUGUAGUGGCCACUAAAAAGUUUCCCAGUGAUUUGAAAGGGCGGGACUUCUCUGCGCCCUCUUAGUCUCUCGGCGACCCUCUCAUGUUGACGUGCUAUUUUCAUGUUUCUCUUACCUUGCUAGUGAGGGAACAGAGACGCAGACACUAGGAAACUUUCAAGUCGCGGUGAAGGGACUAUAACUCUGAAAAAGUCGAUAGGAGCAUCUAGAUUCAAGGAAUAUUACUUUGAAAGUUUAGCCUCUGUAAGAAUAAGUUAAAAAAAUUUGAAAAACGGGUCAAGAGAAAAAAUUGAUAGAAGCUGAUUUCUGAAAGUAGAAAACAAUUAUUAAGACUCACCAAAAAGUUCAAAGGAAAUUUUUGAAGAUAAGUUUUGAUCUCUGAAUCCUUCGUAACGCGAACGAGACGUUCCUGAGCAUUCCUAGUGACCUCUUUAGUAACAUCAGAACUCCUAAGUGAUCCCUAGAUCUGCUCAGAAACGUGCAGUUUCCCUUACCGACUUAGAAACUCCAGAGUGGUCCCUGUAGGGGCGACCUUAGGGGUCCUUGGCCCUCUAGAGGUCACUCAAGCUUGCAAAAAUGGUCCCUAUAGGGGUUUUAGGUUAGUGGCCCCUAUAGGGGACAUGCUAGUUCUAUGAACUCUAAGCGGAGAAGCGCUUCCAUGGGAAAACUGGAUAAAUAAGCGUUUUUUGAAUCGAAUUGAAGAUCCCUAUAGGGUCCACUUGAGGUUUUGGGGCCUAAGGUUUCAGAUCCUAAACUCCUAUAGGGACCACCUUAAUUUCACCCCUAUAAGGACCACUUGAGCUUUACGGGCAAAGAGAUCCGACACUAGACCCCUAUAGGGACCACUUUUUCGGUCACUAUAGGGGUCGUUUUCUCUUCUAACUCCUAUAGGGACCACUCUGGAAUCCCUAGGAAUGUCCGAAAAGCUGAAUUUUUGGUUGAGCGCAAUUUACAACUAAUUUUAUGACUUUUUAAAGUUUUUUAUAUGUCUAGAAAGGAAAAAUCCCAAAAGAAAAUUGAGCUUACGGAAGAAAAUUUCAGGCGUUCUUUUCUCCAUCGAAGUCACUUCAGUGUACUUUGCCGUGAGGAAUUAUUGGCGGGGAUUUUUUGCCGCAAUUUGUGCCGCGACCCUUUUUAGAGUCCUGAGAAUGUUGGCUGAUUCGAAUACGACCAGGGAUGGUCGGUUUUCGGCAUUUUUUUACCUUUCAAUCAUAGAAAAACCUGAAAAAUCGUCCUUUUUCAGUUUUUUACUAGAGGAAAGGCUUGAAAUUUGAGAUUACUGCCCAAAAUGUUGAGAAAAAUCAUUGCAGUUUUAAGAAAUUUCGUUUCGAUUUCAAAAAGAAAAGCUUAUUUUUUUCAAAUUUAGUCUGGAAGUCGAGCCAAAAAGCUUUCUUUAUGGGUUUUAUAAUAAAAAAAUUUGAUUUUUUUCCUCCUAGUAAAAACAAAUUUCAACAGACCUUCUCUCAGAGAGUCGAACUGCGUGUUGAUAUAAAAAUUUCAAGUUUCGUUUCAAGACUCGAAAUUACUGUAAAAGUCACUUGAGAAGCUUUUAGGCUAGUUAGGCUAGUUACUGUGAGGCCCCGCCCCCUCACCUGGUUACGGUAGGUAACUUUUUUUAAAACAUAGAAAAAGGUUUUUUGAAGCUUUUUUAGUGAAAAUAUGAAUGAAAAAAAAUUUCUUUUUUCGAAAAUCUUUUUUGGGCGGCUCGGCUCCCAAAUUUAGUAAAAUUUCAUUUCAUUACUGUAUACAAAAGUUACAGUAACCAUGGCGGCUCAUUUCCAAACCGAUUUCCCAUGGGCCAACGCCUAUAUGGUUCAGGAGUUCCCAUUUUUCGCCUUCAUUGGGUUGGUUUUUUGAGGUUUUCAAGAUUCCAAGUAACUUGGUCGCAUUUGGAAUGGCUUUGGUCACUUUUUCUGAAAAUUUUUUCUUCAACCGAGCCAUUCUACAUGCGACCGUGCUAUUCAAGGUUGAAAAUCUGGAUUUCGUUCAACGAAAAUUGGAUCUUUCUCAAGAUUCCAAGUAACUUGGUCGCAUUUGGAAUGGCUUUGGUCACUUUUUCUGAAAAAUUUUUUUUUUGCAUUUGAGCCAUUCUACAUGCGACCAUGCUAUUCAAAGUUAAAAAAAAUCUGAAUUACGUUCAACGAAUAUUGGGUUUCUCUCAAGAUUCCAAGUAAUUUGGUCGCAUUUGGAAUGGCUUAAGUCACUUUUUCUGGAAAAACUUUUUUUGCAACUGAGCCAUUCCACAUGCGAUCAUGCUUUUCAAGGUAAAAUCUGGAUUUAAGUGUUGUUGGCGGUUUUUUCGGCGCAUUUUUCGUCUUUGUCCACCGAUCGACCGUCCUUUUUCUGAGAAGAAAUCUGACGGCCAAGGCUUUGUUCCAAAAAUUGUGGGCAUUUAUUUAGGAUUUUUCUACUUUUGAAAUUCCAGUUGGCCAAUUUAUCCGCUUUUCGUCUCGUUUUUCAUCUCGUCCGUCACUUUUCCAAUGGGUCUUGGGAAGUUUAUUGGUGGUGAGGUUGGAAUUUUGGGGUUUUAGCUUGAUUUCUGGUCUCUUUCAAAGAAUAAAAAUAAUAAUAGUGUUUAUUCAAACUUUAGGAAAUUUAAUGAGGAAAUGAUUUUUGAAGGAAGUAGGUGCUGUGAAAAGAACAAAUAGGUAAAAAUAUGUAGAUUCGUGAAUUUUGCUUUAAAAAAAGUAGGGAGUUUCAUUUUUCUGAUCCCAUGGCCGCAUUUGGAAUGGUUUGAAGGGUUGCGGUCGCGUCGCGGUUAUUCAAAAGCGUGUAAGAAGUUUAGAAAAAAUCUCAGGUUUAAAAAAGAUCUGUGAAUUUUGCUUGAAAAGGUAUUUUUCUUUUUCUUGGACUUAUGACCGCAUUUGGAAUGGCUUGCCGCGGUGCGGUCGCGUCGCGGUUAUUCAAAAGCAUGUCAGACUUUUGAAAAACAUCUCAGGUUCAAAAGAGAUUUGUGAAUUUUGCUUGAAAAAGUAGUAUUUCUCUUUUUUUUUUUCUGACUUAGUGGCCGCAUUUGGAAUGACUUGCUGUGGUGCGGUCGCGUCGCGGUUGUUCAAAAGCAUAUCAGACUUUUGGAAAACAUCUCAGGUUCAACAGAGAUUUGUGAAUUUUGCUUUAAAAAGUAGUCAGUUUCAUUUCUCUGACCCCAUGGCCGCAUUUGGAAUGGCUUGAAGCGGUGCGGUCGCGUCGCGGUUAUUCAAAAGCGUGUAAGAAGUUUAGAAAAAAUCUCAGGUUUAAAAAAGAUCUGUGAAUUUUGCUUGAAAAGGUAUUUUUCUUUUUCUUGGACUUAUGACCGCAUUUGGAAUGGCUUGAAGCGGUGCGGUCGCGUCGCGGUUAUUCAAAAGCGUGUAAGAAGUUUAGAAAAAAUCUCAGGUUUAAAAAAGAUCUGUGAAUUUUGCUUGAAAAGGUAUUUUUCUUUUUCUUGGACUUAUGACCGCAUUUGGAAUGGCUUGAAGCGGUGCGGUCGCGUCGCGGUUAUUCAAAAGCGUGUAAGAAGUUUAGAAAAAAUCUCAUGUUUAAAAAAGAUCUGUGAAUUUUGCUUGAAAAGGUAUUUUUCUUUUUCUCUGACCCCAUGGCCGCAUUUGGAAUGGCUUGAAGCGUUGCGGUCGCGUCGCGGUUGCCUAAAAACGUGUCGGAACUUCAAAAACAAUGUCAGGAUCAGAAAAGGUUUCCGAAUUUAGCACGAAAAAGUAGUUUUUUUCAUUUUUUUUUUUUGACCCGUGGCCGCAUUUGGAAUGGCUUGAAGCGAUGCUGUCGCGUCGCGGUUAUUCGAAAGCGUGUAAGAAAUUUAGAAAAAAAUCUCAGGCUCAAGAAAGAUUUGCGAAUUUCUUGAAAAAGUAGUGAUUUUCAUUUUCUCUGACCCUAUGGCCGCAUUUGGAAUGGCUUGAAGCGUUGCGGUCGCGUCGCGGUUUUUAAGAAGCGUGUCUGACUUUGAAGAAUUGGUUUAACAGAAGGAAUUAAUAUUUAAUAAUUAGAAAAAUUCAACUAUUUGGUUUUCUACGGCUUGCUUGAAGUGUAGAGUUUCAAAUUAUCCAAAAAGAAACUUUUCAAGGCGAUUUCCGGGCGUUUUUUAGGGCCGCUUCAGCCAUUCUAUGCAAGAAUUUUUCUCGAAUUGCACAUGGACGGCCGAUUGGACCCACGUUUCGGCCUGUUUGGUCCCGCCGUCUUUCAAUGAAACAGUAAAAGUCGGAGCGCCGGACCUGCAUCAUUGGCAAGGGCCCGACCUUCUCUACGACCCGAUGCUCACUUUGGCAGCUUUCCAAAUCGUCUAUGUCAGUUUUUUGAUGGGAGAUUGGGAUGAUUCUGGAACAGGAAUUCGAAAUUUGAGUGAUUCAAAUAAAUAUGGUACAUCUCCUUAG